UUGCUAACGCCGCCGUUGCUGCUUCAGUCAGUACCACGUCGUCGGUCGUACAGAAAGCGCAAACGUUGACGCCGACUAGAGAGACCGUACGUAACCGAACACGAUUGCGUUCACACAUGCACACACCCACACACCACACUGGAUAACGUGGCACACCGUCUUCGCGAUUUAGUUUUGUUUAUCGUUAUUUGUUUUUUUCCGUCUCUGUUUUUGAUUAUAUUCCGCACAACCGUACGUAAAGGUAACCAAACACCCGGUUUAUGGUGGUCACGUUCGUUAUUGUAAUAAUAUAGUGUUAACGCGUCCCGUCCGGUGUCUAUCGCGGCAACCGAACACUCGAGAGGUGUCGGCCGUGCGCAAACCAACCGCCUCGGAUGGAGCCGCCUCGAACGACCCCGACGGUCAGGAGACCUCGGGCUGUCGCUUUAAUUUGUCUGAUCGCAGUACUGUUGGCUCUGAUUUCGGACGCAGUGUUUGGUCUGAAAGGUGUUCGAAUUUGGAACCCCGAAGCUAUCCGAGCAGGCGAGUUAUUGCGUCUUUCUUGUGACUAUGACCUUGAGGGUGUGCCACUGUAUUCAAUAAAAUGGUACUUUGGCGAUCAAGAAUUUUACAGAUAUGUACCAAAAGAGUCACCACCAACCAGGGUUUUCCCGCUUUCUGGUACCACUUCGGUUGAUAUAUCCGAAUCAGAUGACCACUCAGUCACACUGACUAACCUGCCUCGGGACAUGUCAGGUCACUAUAAAUGCGAAGUUUCCACGGACGCUCCACUUUUUCAUACGCAAAUCAAAGAGUCAUACAUAACUAUAAUUGAAGAACCACAGACACAACCACUCAUGUUUGCUGGUAAACUCAAAUACAUCAAGGACGAACCGGUAAAAAUAAAUUGCACUUCUUACUCGGCAUUCCCAGCCACCAAUCUCACAUGGUUCAUAAAUGAUAAAAAGGUAACAAAUUCAACAAAAUUCGCCAAGACGACGACUUGGGUUACAGCCGAAGAUGACGGGCUACAAACCAGCAGAUCACGACUAGAGCUUACAACCCACGGCGCGUACUUUCCAGGUGGUCGGAUGACGGUCCGUUGUGAGUCCAAUCAAUUUCUGUUGUACAAAAAGUAUUCAGUUAUUGAGCUGAUGGAUGACUCGCCCAGAUUGGCCCAGAUGAUUAGUCCCACUACAGUGCCAAGACCGGGUGGACCGCAGGCGAGUUCAGCUGAUCGUUUCACUACCGGACGUGUGUGCGUAUUGAUUGCCUAUUUAGUCAAUCGAAUAGCACCAUCACUAUUAAGAUAGCUUUACGAUUCUUACACACAAUAGCCAAACACCCCGACAUUAUUAUUAUUACGUCAUGUUGUAAUAGACGAUAUAAUUUUGUCAUUAUUGUCGAUGUAUUUGAUAAAUAUUCUACAAGAGUAAUGAUUUUAUAUAUUAUGAUUGUAAUAUAUAUGAACACGGUCGAUCAUUUGCGAUGUUAUUAUGUUUGUAUCGGAGCGGAUGCCUCGAAGGUCGCGUGGAUUGAACUUGAUUCUACUCAACCAUACCAAUCUAAAGUAUAUUAAUUAUUUGUUCAAAAUGUUUUCUUCUCUUUCACAGCGUGAUUGAACUAAAGCAAGGCCAAGCGCUGAAGCGAUAGCAAGCUUUCGCCUCCCAUCUAUCACCCACCUUAUCCAUUUUCUGUAAUAAAAAUAAAUACGAAAAACCAUACAUUUCUCUAUACCAAAAAUCAUACGAUAUAAACAUAAUAAUACGUUAUUGCAAAAAUAUUAUACUGUAUUACGAUUUAAAUAUUUAAUAUAGGAUCAAACCGCAAUAUUGUAUUUUCCAAGAAAUCGUUUAAUUGUAUAACAGUAUAUAUUAUAUAAUACAUAUA